AUGCAAGGUGCAGGGCUUCGUAUGAAUAUUACGGAGAUGUGGUGUCGUUUGACACCACAUACAGAAGAAAUAGGUGUAAACCACCAUGGGAAGUCUACUCUUCUUGGCUGUGCUUUACUUGGGAGCGAGGAGAUCCCUAGUUUUGAGUGGGUGUUCACGCAGUGGGUGAGAUGCGUCGGAUCUGCACCAAGGGGGAUUAUCACUGACCAGUGCAAGGCGAUGACUGGGGCUAUUAGGAAUGUCCUACCCGACACUGUCCACCGAUGGUGCAUCUGGCACAUAAUGAAAAAAUCACAAUUCAAGCUUGGUGGAUACGCUAGGUACGGAGAACUGCAUGCAGUGAUGAACCACAUUGUGUGGAAUUCUCCUUCGAUUGAAUCAUUCGAGUCUGAUUGGGCUGGUUUCAUCAAACAAUUCAAGUUAGGCCAAAACAGAUGGUUAGCAGACCUUUACGCGAAUCGACGGAAGUGGGUUCCAAUAUUUUUCAAGAGUGAAUUUUGGGCAGGCAUGAGGAUUACACAGCGUAGUGAAAGUAUGCAUGCAUUUUAUGGUGGAUACCUGCAUUGCAAGAGUGGGUUAGUUCAGUUUGUCCAUGAAUACGACAAUGUCCUCGGAACCAAGGAGCAAAAGGAGCUGGAAGAUGAUGCUGCAGACUCGAAAGGUUUUAUCCCAUGUAUAGGGAGCACGGGCAUUGAGAGACAGUUUCAGCAGGAAUACACCAGUAGUAUGUUCAGGAUUCUUCAACUAGAGAAGUUUUUCUGGGGGAAGCCAGUCUACCAUGCUUUUAGGGUCGACUUUGACCCUUUGAGUCAAAAGGGUCAGUGCAAGUGCAACAAGUUUGAAUCCGCUGGUAUAUUGUGUUGCCACACCCUUGCGAUCUGGUCAUACUACAGAGUUGACAUAGUACCGAGCUGCUACGUUCUUCCUCGAUGGAGUAAGAAUGUCAUCCGCAAGCACACUUAUGUCAAGAGUAGCCAUGACGUGGCUCGGAGUGAUGAAAGCAACAACUUGUUCAGGCAUCUGUGUUCAGAGUUCUAUAACGUUGCGCAGGAGUUUGUUGCUUGUGAUGAGGAAGCAGCCAUCUUGCGAGCUGCCCUUUGGGAUGUAAAGUCCAAGCUGAUUGAUUACCGUGCCAGCAUGCGUUCCAAUACUGCUGCUGCGUCUCAGAAUACCGUGCCCACACAGAGCACAGGCGGUGCGGUUGUACAUGAUAUUCAAGGACCCUCAAGAGUCAAGACCAAAGGACGGCCUAAGGGUAAGAGACUUGGAGCAGAGUUGGACAAGUCAAUUAAGAAAUCAAUGCAAAAAAGGAAUAGGAAAUCACACCCGGAUGAGGUUCACCUUCCGUCAGAUAAUGAUCAUCAUGGGUCCCAUAAUAAAAGAUGUGAGGAUUCUACUAUGUGGAACUCAUCAGAAGGUGGCGGAUUCAUGCACCUGUUGAAUUCCUUUAGGCAUAUAUAG